AUGAACUGGGAUAAAGCAGAUCAUGAAAGUGGUCUUGGUGUAUUAAGUGAUUUUUUAUUUGGAAUUCAUCGUAAAGAAGAUAAGGAUAGGUUCAUGGAUAUCGAAUUUAAAGAUAGUUUUAAAGAUAAAGAAAUCAAGAUCUUUAUGAAAGUACUAAAAAAGAUAGUCGAACAUAGAGAAAGUAAAAAGAAUGAAUAUCAAAAUAUCAAGUCUAUAUCCUUCUGUUCCG